GCAUCCUGAUAAAGAUUAUUUUGGGCAUCUUUCCACCUGGGGGUCUGUUUGCUUAUUAAAGGAGCAUCAGCAUACCUAUCAAUCUGCCAAUAAAUCCGAGUCAGCCUACAAAAUUGCUCACACCUGCACCACUCUAUGGCGAAGGCCAUGAGAGGACCAGUACCUCUUAGAACCGGAGUUCCUUCCAUGUUAACCACUGACAUUUCCACGCAUUUUCCAACCAACCCCAAAUGCUAAUAAAAUGUAUUUAUUCAGUAGUUGACAUACAGGAUGCAUAUUAAUUCUUCAGUUUAUCGGAAAAUUAAACAUCAUUUAGACAACGUAUCUCAAAGUUGCUGCGUGGUGUCAGUCGAGGUUAAAUGAGGGGUCUGUUGCCCCCUCUAUCCUCCGACAGGAGGAGGGUGCGCAGUGCCAGGCCGGGCCAGUAGCAGCAGUCGACACAUCAUCGCACGUACUUUACGCACACUGGAUGAACGGAGGCAGAGACCCGGUCGAGGAUGAUGCUUGCAGCGGCACAGAAAGGCUUCCUCUCGGGCUUAGUGUGCCAGGGAGCAGGGGUAUGGUCUCCGGUGCUGGUGUAAAAUGCACUGGCGCAGACCGGGUGCGCUGGUCAGAACAAGCUGAUCUCGGCCGCUCUCCCAUUUUCACUCCUUUUUUAAUCUAUUGUAGCGAUUAUUUCCAGGUCACAAUAUCAGUUUCCUGUGCGGCUUGCUUGCACCAAAAAUGGCCGGAGAUGGCGGCGCUCUGAAGGAUAUCAAUGAGAUUAAAUCCCAGUUCCGGACCAGGGAGGGUUUCUACAAACUGCUCACUCUCUCGGACUCGCAGCAGCGGGGCGGGCUGCCGCGGGGUCCCUCCGCCGGAGCCACGCUGGGCCCCGGGGCCGGAGCCGGUGCGCUGCCGGGCGGAGGGGUCGGGCUGCUGCAGGGGCCCGGGGCUGCUGCCGCCGCCGCCGCGGCCGCCGCCGCCGCCGCCGCCUCCUCUUCCAACGCCGCGGCCAACUCGUCUCCGGCGGGCUUCCUGCCGCCCGUCCGGGUCUCUAUGGUCAAGCUGCAGCCCGAGGACCCGGGCGAGGAGUCGGAGCGGGUGUGUUUCAACAUCGGCAGGGAGCUGUAUUUCUACACGUACACCAACAUCAAGAAGGCUGUGGACCUCAGCAAGCCGAUAGACAAGCGGAUCUACAAGGGGACUCAGCCGACGUGUCACGAUUUUAACCAGUACUCGGCCACGGCGGAGAGUGUAGCCCUCAUCGUCGGUUUCUCAGCAGGACAGGUCCAGUACCUCGACCCCAUCAAGAAAGAAACCAGUAAACUCUUCAACGAGGAGAGGUUGAUAGACAAAUCCAAGGUGACGUGUCUCAAAUGGCUCCCCAAGUCAGUCAACCUGUUCCUGGCCUCCCAUGCCAGUGGCCACCUCUACCUCUACAACGUGGACCACCCGUGUGGCACCGCCGCCCCACAGUACUCUCUGCUGCGGCAGGGAGAGGGGUUCGCCGUCUACGCCUGCAAGACCAAGACGCCCCGCAACCCGCUGCUGCGGUGGGCUGUGGGCGACGGGGGCCUCAACGAGUUUGCCUUCUCCCCGGACGGCGUGCACGUGGCGUGCGUGGGCCAGGACGGUUGCCUGCGUGUCUUCCACUUUGACUCGAUGGAGCUGCAGGGGGUGAUGAAGAGCUACUUUGGCGGGCUGCUGUGCGUGUCGUGGAGCCCCGACGGGAAGUAUCUGGCCACAGGCGGAGAGGACGACCUGGUUACUGUGUGGUCGUUCGCCGAGAGCCGCGUGGUUGCGAGAGGCCACGGCCACAAGUCCUGGGUCAAUGUGGUGGCGUUUGACCCCUUCACCACUUCCCUGGAGGAUGAGGAGCCCAUGGAGCUAAGUGGCAGCGAGGAGGACCUCCACCAGGGGGCGCCAAAUAACUCCAUGCACUUUGGCCGGGUCCGAACUAGUAGCACACUGUCCCGUCUUUCUCGGCACAGUUCUAAAGGUGGCGGCUCGUCGUCGGUCACAUACCGGUUUGGCUCGGUUGGGCAAGACACCCAAUUUUGUCUGUGGGACUUGACAGAUGAUGUGUUAUACCCACGCCUGCCGCUGUCCCGCGCCUUCACUAACACUUUUGGACCAUCACUGUCUAACUCUGGCAGCGCGGCGGUCAACAGCACCCCAGUUGUGGCGGGAAGUGGAGCGGUUGAAGGACACCACCACCCGCCUAACACGAACACCGGCGCCGCCAACCCACCAACGCUCCCCCUACCGCUUCCUCGCUCCCUCUCCCGCUCCAACUCUUUACCCCACCCAGCCGUGGCGAAUGCCUCCAAGGGUCAAAGCACCACGGAGGGCGGCGGGGGAGGCGGCGGAGGGAGCGCCGUCGGAGGGAACAGCACGCCCUUCAGCAUCGGCCGCUUCGCCACACUGUCGCUCCAGGAGCGCAAGUCGGACAAGUCAGGCUGCAGCAGCGGGGUGGAGAAGGAGCACAAGAGGUACCACAGCCUGGGCAACAUCAGCAAGAGCAACGACAAGAUCAACGUGGCCCCGAGGAGCAACCGGCUGGACGCCGCCAAGGUCCUGGGCACCACGCUGUGCCCGCGCAUGUACGAGGUGCCACUGCUGGAGCCGCUGGUGUGCAAGAAGAUUGCACAUGAGAGGCUGACGGUCCUGGUGUUCAUGGACGACUGCAUCAUCACAGCCUGCCAAGAGGGUCUCAUAUGCACCUGGGCACGGCCGGGGAAGCCGGUAAGUCUGAUCAACUUUUUUACCCGGACGCAAUGUAUUGUGGGACAGGCAGAUGCCAGAAUCUGUUUUUUUCGUUCAUUGCACUUAUUCAGUAAACCUUUCAUGGAAACUAAUGACAUCUUUUUUUUUGCAGAAAAACAAAUUUGGUAUAUAAAAGAAAGCAGCUUCUAAUAACUCGCCAGAAUGUAAUUGUGUGUUUCUGAAGGACAUGGAUACGUUGGAUUUCCUAACCAAAAAUGAGUUUCAUAUCAACUGUUGUACAGUAUAUAGAUUAUUUUCCUCUCAGGUCAUAUAUGCAUCGAGUAGAUGUUUCCCGUGGUGGAUAUACCAGAGAGCGGGAAAUUACGUACCAGCUGGAGGACUUUGCCUCCCUUCUCAUGAACAGCAGUGGCUUUUUCAAAUAUUUCUUCACAAAUUGCCGUCUGUGUCUUAACUUUUCUUCGUGUUUUGUCUCUGAUCAGAAUCUGACAGCACAGAACGGGAACUCUCCAAGCGGCACGGUGGUAUAGCUGGAGGAGAAACUCCCCCCCACCAUCGCCUCAAUCAGUCCUCAAGUAUCUCAAAUAAGGUUCAAACAACCACAGACCGUACCUUUCCUACCGCUGUAGUAUUACACCGUCAGUGUAAACCACUGUCCCUGUGGUGGACCCAUCCCCAAUACCUUGAUGAUUUCACUCUCACAUCGGCCAGUUUGGUGGGAAACACUUCCUGAAUUAGCUAAACUAACAUCACGUCCGCAGAUUUAUGAAGUCUUCAGAUUGAUUUUAGAAGUUGUCAAAGUAUAUCCAAUCACACUGCACUGAUAAUUAAACCAUGAAACACAGAUUAUAUGGCGGCACGUUAGAUCUAUAGCGACACGAUAGUUGUCUGAUCCCUGAUGUUAUGGUGGUCAGCAGUAGAACGGGGUCACAAUGUACUUCAGGGAGAGUUUCCCACCUCGUGCCACUGUGAAAUUAGUUUUCACUUCCUCCCCCAAAAAACGGCAUCAGACAGCAGCGUCGUCCGAUCCCACCCAUCUCCCCUGACUUAUGCGAAAGACACAGCAAAAGCCACGACCCUUUUAUUUAAGUUAUUUAUUUUAUCACAAGCCUGUCUAGUUAUUUAUAAUGUAAAUAAAAAAAUGAAAAUACUCUAUAAAUACAUAAAAAGGACAAACGUGUAUGGGAUCACUGUCUACACGGCAAGAAACCGAAGAACAACGGAGAAGAUGAAGAAUAUUAAUAUAUGAAGAUGCUUCUAUUGUACAUAGCAACCACAGCUAAACAAAAACAUGAAUGUCUGCUGUUUUAGGGAACUUGAAGAUGUCAGUGUUCUCUUUUUGUGCGAUAAGAGUUUCCUCCAGUAAGUCCCUGAAAGGCCGGCCGGGGGAUGGGUUGUUUGAAUUGAGCGUGACCUACCACGAGGCGGCUGACCCCAAUGGAGCACGGAGAGGCUGCGAGCUGUACAUUUCAGCCGACUGAUCAGUACAAUACUUCAUUGGAACAAAUGUGUGGACAAACAGCAAUGAACAACAACACACACUCUUGCACAUUUUGGACGUUAAUACUGCUCCACACACACACACACACCUACACACACAUAACACACAGACACACACACACACAUACACACACAUUCACUCACGUAACACACACACACUCAUGGUGUAGCAUCACAUAUACUGUAUCUUCAUACCUGUUACACCUCAAUGGCCUCUUGCAAGAAUUUGCACAUGCGAUCCAUCGUGAGCAGCUCGAGAGACACAAGGGGCGUUAUUGUGUGAUCUGAGAAAGAUCUCCACACCAUUCACCGGGUAUCUGGUGCAGAGGACACGUGUCCUUUGUCUCAGUCUCAACAUUUUUUAUCCAUUUUGAUUCAGCUAAUGAAAUACCGGUGCUCAUUAAAGUCAGAUACCUGAUACAUUAUUUAAGUGACCAAAAUGUGUUGUGAGCAAACACCACGUUUUUUAUUUUCAGCAUUUUUUGGGCUGCCUUCCGUAAACCUGCCAAUUUGUGAUUAAAAGUUGAAAUAAAGAAAAAUAGUAUUAUUUUAUGUUCAUUGUUUGCUAAUUUAUCUUUUGUUUUUGCUAAAGUAAACAAGACUAUUAGACCCACUGUCCUUUUUUUUUCAUUCAUUGUUGCCUGAGGUUGAGUUCUCAUGUUGGCUGAUUCUUCUUCAUGAGGGUCUUUGUUGUGGUUGUUAGGAGUGGUUCACGUUUCCAGUCGCGCCAGCGGCAAGUGAUUGCAAUGUCUAUCUGUUCGCCAUUAUAUACAGACAUUCAUGAUUCCCAGAGGAUGUACCCAUCUGACUUUGGUGCCUUAGGGAGUUCGAUAUUUCAGUAUUUAAAUAAAUACCUGAAUGACAUUCCCAUCAGUCUCAGCUAGCAAACAUUAGCAUUCAAACCCCCUCUUGGCGGAGAACAUGAUAAACAUUAGCAUGUAGCUCCUAGCUAGCAUGGGUGUUCACUUGUCAUCUUGUGGUGAUAUCUCCAUGAAAAUUUCUAUCUAGAGAAUUAUUUGGGUGUCAUCGGCACAGCUGUGUUAGGAGAAACCAUGUGAGUGAAUGACAGAGCCUAGAGAGUUGGUAUAGAGAGAUAAGAGGAGGGGACCCAGGACGGAACCCUGAGGAACUUCAGUGCGGUCAUCAAGGUAGGAUGACAGAAGGGAGAGAGCAGAGCCCAAGACACAAAGUUUAUGAUGACAGUAAUAGUAAUGUGAUUGAUAUUUGUAAUACAAUAAUUUUUUUGUUUUUGUUUUUGGAUCACACCAUCACCCCCAAAGGCCCCUAACUUUUCCCCCAUUUCAUUGCUGCCCAAAGGGAUUUUGCAGUGGGUUCCUGUAUUAUACGCGACCAACUCCGCUUAGGCUCUCGGCUGAAAUAAAGUCUAAAGGUGGUCCGAGGCUGGCUCGCUCAGUGGGUCAGAAAUGUCCAAUGAGUAAAGGUCAAAGUGAACAUGUUAACAGUAAAUCAAAUACCAUUAUGUGGGACACAACUUCGUUUCGAAAAGCUUCUUAAAUAAACACAAUUUGAAACAAAUAAAUAAACUAGUGUCUAAUCAGAGGAUUUUUGCUUUCUGAGCUUUAAAAAUAACCAGGUUAUGUUUGAAUUGUGUGCUUCAUUCAGUCAAAGCCAACAGGGAAGGUAAAGGAUUACAUCCAAGGGGCUCUGUGCUGUUGUAAAACUCACUAUGAACUGAACGAAAGGCGUGAUCACACACAGGAGUCCCCUCCACACGUCGCUGUGUCCUGGUAGGAAGUUGGAGAAAAUAAAAAAAGAAAGCUCUUAAUGUAUUUUUGCACUCAAAACAACUCAUCAAACAACAUUCCAUGAAUGUUGUCAAUUUUUACAUGACAUUUUAUUCAAGCGUUUUCUCUUUUUUCUCUGUUUGUGGAUGUUAUAUGGAAUAUGCACUCGCUCCACCAUAUGAUUACCACAUGUGUGCGCACACACACACAGACACACCCACACAAACUCUCUCUCACACACAAAGGCUUUCACAAACUUUACAUCUGUUCAAGUUAUAACGGCAGAAUGUCACAAUAUCCAGUUUGUAUAUGGAGAUCUGUUAUUAAAAUUGGAAACAGU